GACGGCAGCGGCGAGAUCGAGUUCGAGGAGCUCUGCAUGCUGGAGAUUAAGAUGAGCGGUGCCCGGCCCCGCGCGGAUCUCAUUGACUACAGGGAGUACCUCACGGAGCGUCAGGCCGCCCGCCUGGAGACGGAGUUCCUGCGCUGCGAUCGGAAGAACACAGGGUUCAUCGGCCUGGACAGCUUCAUCUCCAUCGUGGAGCGCCUCGCGUACUGGACCCCGAAGACGCCCGCGGAGCAGCGCGCCACGCGCCAGGACUACGAGGAUGUGUUGGCAGAGGUGGACCCCCGCGGCCUGGGGCACAUCAACUUUCACCAGCUCUGCUCCGGCUUUGCGGUGCUCACCAAAGCACGCAAAUUGGUCAACUACCGCGAGUAUUUGCAGUCUGACGAGGUGGCAGAGUAUCGGCGCAUCUUCAAGCACACCACUGAGCGGAAGGGUCAGAGUGGUCUCACCAAGAAGGACUUGGACAAGAUCCUGCGGCGCAUGGGAGCAGUCCUGGGCAAGCAGCAGCUGACGGAGUUCUUCCAGUACUUCGACACGGACGGCUCCGGGCUGAUGGACUUCGCCGAGUUCUGCGUGAUGAUCGUGAGGGUUCGGGGACUCCAGAAGUUUCGGGACCUGUCGGGGGGCGAGUUGGACUGCCAGCAGCUGUGGCUGGAGGAGCAGUUCACCGUGGAGGAGCUGCAGCAAUCGGGCUUCACCCUGGAGGACCUCAAGAGCGCUGGGAUUUCCAUCGCCGCGCUGCACAAGGAGGGCGGCUUUUCGGCGCUGGAGCUGCGGCGCGCCGGGUUUUCGGCCAAGGAGCUGAAGCAAGGAGGUGUGCCUCUCAUGGACCUCCGCAGCGGCGGGUAUAGCCUAAUGGAGCUGCGGCUUGCUGGGUUCUCCGCCCAGGCCCUCGAAGGCAUCAACCGCCAGCUGCUGGGCUCCUUCUCCGAGGGCGACUUGUCAGUGCUGCCACGCAUGGCCCCCCGCCCCCUGGUGAAGGGCUUCGCCCUGAGCAGCGCCGGCUUCGCGCUGUUCAAGGCGAAGGGAGCGGAACCAGGCUUUGUGCUUCCGCCGCUGCAGCGGCAGAUGACCCCGAUGAUCCGGGAGCACACGGACUGGCGCUCGCCCUACUCAGCGAUCAGCGCGGAAGUUGAGCGACCUGCGGGGAACUUCCAAAGGUUCCGGCCCAGCAACAGCCACGGCUUCCUCCUGGACUCCCAGGGCAAGUUCUGCGGCUGACGCGAGAUGAAGCGCGGUUCAAGUCACAGGGCCUUUGGGG